AAGUAUUAAAUUCCUUCCUAUGUCCACCCCGCCAUCUUCCCCUCCUCUUCUCCCGCGUGCGCAACAAGAACUACGUGUGGUCCCUACUGAAUCGAAGAUCAUCCCUUAUUUUACUAUGCACUUCGCGAGACUUGCUCUUCUACUAUCGUCCUUCAUUCCGUGCUCCAGCGUGGCGUCAACAUCGCGCAGCCGGAGGAAGCCAAUAAUCGUCGAUACCGACAUCUUCUCCGACGUUGACGAUGUCGGCUCCUUAGCUGUCGCUAACGUACUGCACAACUACGGCCUGGCAGACCUGCGCGGAGUGGUCGUCAACACCAAUUCGAAGUACGGUGCUUUAGCUACUAGCGUUGUCAAUACGUACUUUGGAAACGGUCACAUUCCCAUUGGAGCUCUGCGCCCGCUGACCGACGAAACGUUCUUCGAUACUUACAGCUUCGUCCUAGGCGAGUACGCGGGGAGGGUAGCUAGUAACUGGCCGCGCUCGCUGGAAGAUUGCUCUGCGACACCAACCCCUGUGGAGCUGUAUCGCUCUAUUCUAUCCGCCGCCGAAGACCGAAGCGUAACGCUGAUCUCCCUCGGCUUUCUGACCAACCUCGCCGCACUACUGGACAGCCCCGGCGAUGAAAGUAGCCAUGUCGGUGGGUCAUCCCUCGACGGAUCGGCUCUCGUAUCUGCCAAGGUGAAGGAACUCGUAGUCAUGGGCGGGCGUUACCCCUCGGGCUGGGAGUUCAACUUUGCUGGCCACGAUCCUGCGUCGGCGCGCCGCGUCGCAAACGGUUGGCCGCGUGACGUACCCGUCACAUAUUCCGGGUUUGAGCUCGGUGCAGACGUCUUCUCAGGGGAGGGGCUCGCGCACAGCGCACCACCAGACUCCCCCGUGCUCGCAGCGUAUCAGUGGUACGUUGGCCGGUGCAGCACCACUCGCGAAUCUUGGGAUCCGAUCACGAUGUUAUACGGAAUACUUGGGGUCGAGGGUUCUCAUGACAAACUGGGGAUCGGAAAGCUAUUUGCGUAUGCUAACGAGUUUGGAUACAACGAUGUCGCGGCCGACGGUACGAAUUCUUGGGUCAAUGACUCAAGUGUUUCGAACCAGCAUUGGCUGAAAUUCGCCGACGGGGUGACUAAUACCAGUGUUGCGGCGUUAUUGACACAAUUCUUUUCCAGAGGCCCGUUAGAUAAGAGUUGUUCUACGUAGAAUUCUCUUGAGCUUCAGAGGGCCGAGUAGAUCACUGGGGAGGAAAUAGUCAUUUAAAGAGCAUUACGAUACCAAGAAGCCUAUCCACCAAACUCAAAGCAGGCUAAGGUGGUUAGAAUAGAGAUUUGACGUGCAUGAAUCUGGUGGAAGGAUGUCGUUUCUCAUAUACGUAUGAAGAUUUAUUCAUAUUAUGUUUUACGUAAAUGUGAGUGUGGAACCGAGAUGAAGAGCAUACUAUAUGUGGAUAUGGUAUUGCC